AUGUUAUCUCAGCGUGAAUAUGAAGAUCUAUUAUGGAAAAUUAACAACAUUCCAUCAACAAUUACCGGAAAAAAACGACAACAUCUUCGAACUACGUUUAAGAAAAAACUCCAUGAACAUGAAUUAGCUACAAAAUAUCCACCUUUUGAACCAUUAAAAUUCGAACAAUUUUUUAUUAAUUUUCGAACAACUGACUCAACAUUAAUUCAUCUCAUCGAUCAAAUUAAAUCAACUACAGUCUUUACACUCGAUACAGAAUCAAUAAUUAUUCCAUAUCAACCAAAUGCACCAGCAUUAAUUCAAGUCCAAAUUAUUCUAUCAGAAUCAUUCUCAUACGUUGUACUUAUCGAAAUGUGUCACUUGCCUCGUGCAUAUGAACAUACAUUUACAUUAGUUAAAAAAAUUUUUCAAACAUUAUUCAAUGCUGAUAAUAAUAUCUUUAUUUGGGGAGAUAUCAGCGAAUUACAUAAUUUUUGUUCAUAUAAUUUAUUUACGUAUGAUCAAUUAGAUUUGUGUAAUCCUAUUAAUCUUCAGGAUGCAUUUAAAACUCAUUGGAAUACACAACAUCCACAUCAACCAACAACAUCAGCAUCUACAAAUUAUUCCGAAUUGGCGUUUGAAUUAUCUCGAUGGUUGGAUAAACGUCAAACAACAUCAAAUUUUGAUAUUGGUCUCGACCCCACAUUGUAUCAUUUUAAUUCAGCUGAAAUUGCACAUCGUCAAUCAUUAAUUCGUUAUGCUGUAUAUGAUUGUCUAUCGAUGCAACAAAUUAUGCUUAAAUUAAAACUUAUCGAACAUCAAGAAUCAAAUAUCAAUCCAUCGAAUGAAAUUAUUACAGCUACAUUAAAUGAUUUAACAGAUAUGACAAGCAAUGAUGAUCAACAUGAUUUACCAGCAACAGACAAUUUCGAACCAAUAUCCCCAGAUGAUAUUCAAGCCGAUUCAACACCAAAACGACAACAAACAUUAAGCAAAGCAGAGCGUCGACGUAUCCACAAUCGUGCGAGUACUUUGAAGCAACGUAAACGCUAUUACAAAACUGAAAUUAUUAUUUCUAAUAUUGAUCGUCGAUUUACAAUCAAAAAUAUUAAAGAAAUUAUUAAAUCUUACGGUGUUCCAUAUUCGGCGGUAAAUUUUUCUACUUCAUCAACUACUCGAAAACGAUCAGUACAUAUUGGCAUGCGGAAUUCAUCACAAAUGAAUGAUUAUCAACAUCGAAUCGACCAUUUAUUUACAACUUCGCAUUACAAUCGCUUCAUUAAUGAUCGACGAACAUAUAGAUCCUCUAAUAAAAGAUGA